UUUGACGCUGCCCCUUCUCGACGAUUUUACUCGCUAUCCAAGAAAGAGGGACAGAAGCUGCAAGGAACCUUCAGCAGCUGCGGAAGCAGCGAUGCCACCUCGACGCAGAGCGCCUGCUCGCAGGGUGUCCUCAUCCCGACACACACCUCUGCCUCCAACCUCGUCUACCCCUCUGGAGCACGCCGGGUGCAAGACCUGACCUCGUCCGAAGCAUUGCUCAAGGUCGCCCGCCAUUUCCCAUGCUCGGCAGUCGAUGGUGGCUGCUCCUGCAGAGGUCUCAAGCCGAACCCUGAGUCCGAUGUCGAAGCUAAAUCCGUUCAGGAUAAGGACGAGGCGAUCAGAGAGGCCGAGUGCUCCAAGUCAUGGGAGAAGUGCGGCGUCUGCGGUCACGAGGUAGGGAUGCAUGGCCAGCUGAGCGAUACCGAGGGCGGAGAAGAGGAGAGGACGCAGAGGAUCAAGGUCGCCAUCAGACUGGACGAGCUACUGGAGGACAAGAAGAAACUUCUCGAUUUCGCCCACAGUGACGAGGACCAGGCUUCGCUGCAGAAGCAGCUGGUACCCCUCUAUCGAGCUUCGCCGGUCAAAAUGGAUGGAGCCAGCGGGUCGAGCGCGAAGAAUCCACCUCCACCAGUGCAGUCAAGCCGAUCCAGCAGUCCCGACUUGCCCUUGACUGAGACCAGGCGGUCCCCUACACCGAGCAAGAAGUGGAAGCUGGCAGACGACUCGCCCUUCACCACGCCCCCUGCCUCCAUCGGCGGACCUUCGCGGGCAGGCUCUCAGACCGCCGCCUCGCCUCCAACAGCAGUCUCCCUCGAGGAUGACCUAGAACAGGUCUCGCAAGGCGAUGCCGAGAAAGCAAAAGUGGGGAAGAGCCCAGACAGACCUAUAAAGGAGGAGGACGACGGAGAAGAGGGGCAGGGUCAUAGCAAACACCCCGUGCAAUCGUCCAAAGGGGUUGCAGACCAGGCGACGGGUCCAGAAGAGGCUCUAGAGCAGGCAAACCGCAGAGCGCAGCAGGAGUUGGAAGAACAACAGGAGGCGCAGCGCAAGAAGUGAGCGGAGCCUCGAGCGGAUCUGAAUGUGGUCACGGGAGGUAUCAGCAUCGAUAUGAUGGAGCAACAAGAGGCGCUGGAAGAGG